AUGGUGAUGUUCAAGAAAAUCAAGACUUUCGAGGUGGUCUUCAGCGACCCCGACAAGGUCUACGGCAGCGGGGAGAAGGUGGCCGGCCGGGUGCUGGUGGAGGUGUGCGAGGUGACCCGCGUCAAGGCCGUGCGCAUCCUGGCGUGCGGCGUGGCCAAAGUGCUGUGGAUGCAGGGCUCGCAGCAGUGCAAGCAGGCGAUGGAGUACCUGCGCUACGAGGACACGCUGCUGCUGGAAGACCAGCCCGCGGCUACCGACGAGUCUGUGAUCCUGAGACCUGGAAAUACGUACGAGUACAAGUUCGGCUUUGAACUUCCUCAGGGACCUCUGGGAACCUCAUUCAAGGGGAAGUAUGGCUGUGUGGACUACUGGGUAAAGGCUUUCCUUGACCGCCCCAGCCACCCAACUCAGGAAACCAAGAAAUACUUUGAAGUGAUGGAUCCCGUGGAUGUCAAUACCCCUGAUUUGAUGGCACCUGUGUCUGCCAAGAAGGAGAAGAAGGUUUCUUGCCUGUUUAUUCCUGAUGGGAGAGUAUCUGUCUCUGCCCGGAUUGACCGAAAAGGAUUUUGUGAAGGUGAUGAAAUCUCUAUCAAUGCCGACUUUGAGAAUACUUGUUCCCGCAUUGUUGUGCCCAAGGCUGCUAUUGUUGCCCGCCACACUUACCUUGCCAAUGGCCAGACCAAGGUGUUGACCCAAAAGCUGUCCUCUGUUCGAGGCAACCACAUCAUUUCUGGCACCUGCGAAUCAUGGCGUGGCAAAAGCCUUCGUGUACAGAAGAUUAAACCCUCCAUCCUUGGCUGCAACAUCCUUCGGGUUGAAUACUCCUUAUUGAUUUAUGUCAGCGUCCCUGGAUCUAAGAAAAUCAUCCUUGAUCUACCCCUAGUCAUUGGCAGCAAGUCAGGACUCAGUAGUCGGACAUCUAGCAUGGCUAGCCGAACCAGCUCUGAAAUGAGUUGGGUGGAUCUAAACAUCCCUGACACCCCAGAAGCACCUCCUUGCUACAUGGAUAUCAUUCCUGAAGAUCACAGGCUGGAGAGCCCAACCACUCCUCUCCUUGAUGACAGCUCCCUGGACAGCCCCAUCUUUAUGUAUGCAUCUGAGUUCAAGUUUAUGCCUCCACCCACUUAUACUGAGGUGGAUCCCUGCAUCGUCAACAACAACGUGCAGUGAAUGAACCAAAGAAGAGAAGCAGAAGUUUAUUUAUCUGUUUCUUUCUGUCUUUCCUUGACUCGCUUUUUCAGAAGCAUGACGGUCUCUGCCCACUGUGGGGACGUGUUCACCUUCACCUCUGUCUCCCUGAUGUUAAGAGAUCAGCAGACAGUCAUGUCUUAAAACAGACGCCAAAGUGCAUCCACUCUCUCAGCCAGUCUUGCUGUUAUUUUGUAGAGGGUGUUUGCUGGUUUGUAGGAGGUUUGGGCUUUGUUGUGACCUCUUUGCUCAGAAUUCCCCUGAAUUAUGAGAGGUUUUCAGUAGUUUGGAUUCAGGAUUGGGAUAGCCUCUAGAUUGGUCUUCCCAAGACCUCUGGGAAUCACAAAAAGUUGGCUUCUGGGGAGCCAGACAAAGGUGAUUUAAUGAGCUGGGAAAACAUUUUAUAGAAAUAAUGGCCAAAUUUUGGUGGGAAGAAGAGGCGCCUGAAAUCAGUAUAGCCCUUCCCACAUAUCCUCUCACUCUAUAGAUGUUUAAAGGUGCUCCCAGUUCUUGUAGAAAUUUUUCCUGUUGAUAGAGAAGUGAUCCACUUCACUUCUCAUGACACAUUAUCCUUGUUUCAAAGCAAAGGCAAACAGACCCCUUGAGAGGGAGGCUGGUGAAAGCCUGUGGCUAAGCACUUUGUUCUUCCUCUUAGGAGGUUUUCUUAAGAGUUUGGGUUCAGUGUUGGUAGGAGGAGGAAGGCACAAAAUAUCUUCAAAACUCCUUUGGAGUUCCUUCUGAAGUAUUGUUCUUAGCACUUUUAUUCUUUUGUUUUCCGUUGGGGAUUUUCCUCCUAAUCCCUAAGCAUUAAACUUUAAAAGAUUCUCUUUGUUUCUGGGGUGGGCAGGAGAAAAGUGAUGGUUUUUGUCAUUACCAGUAACUUCCCAAGUAGUUUGAAUUCUGACCACUGUACUUAAUAAGAAAGGGGCCUUCCAGUUCCCUGCCCAGUAAACUGAUUACCAAAUCACUUCCAAAGCUGGGAUUGAAGAGUGCUGAAAGAACCUCU